AUGGAUAAUUGAGCCUAACAAGUUGAAAGAUCGACUCUAACUAGUUGAAGAAAAGUCAAAAUAGGAGAAAUAUGUAUAGAUAUUGUAAGAAAUUGAGAUAAAAUGAGUCUAGAACGGGGCGGGGCGGGGCAGGGCGGGUCUGAAGUAGAUACCCAUGCCCCGCCCCACGCUACUGCGGGUCGGGUAAUACCCGCCCCAUCGCGGGUCAGGUCGGGUAAUACCCGCGGGGCGGGUUGAAAUUGCCAUCACUAGUGGCGCACGCUUCCUCUCUCUCAACCGUGGUGAUCUCAACCUCCCUAAAUCCUUACAAAAAUCCUCUACCUCCUCCUUCUCCAUUCUACAGCCCCAAAUCCUCUCUCUGUCUCUUCCCUCCACUCAAAUUAUAGCCAGGAUCUUUGGAAUCACUUUUAGGUCUGAAGUGUCAGGAUAACUACUAACUAGUGCUCUAGACUCUGGAGUCUGGAGCUUUAGCAAAAAGAACUACAGAAGGGCGAGGCUGCGAUCUGUCGGAAAGAAAAAUUUUAAAUCAUGCAUUACUGGGUUCAAGCUUCUCCUGUUGAUUUUACGGGACCUCUUCCCCAGCCUCGCAGUGGUCAUACGGCCGUCAUGGUUGGGAAAUCUAAGGUUGUCAUCUUUGGUGGUCUUGUAGAUAAGACAUUCCUAAGUGACAUCUAUGUUUAUGAUGUUGAAAAGAAGAUGUGGUUUACGCCAGACUGCAGUGGAAAUGGGUCUGAUGGGCAAGUUGGUCCCAGCCCCCGGGCAUUUCAUGUUGCGGUCGCCAUUGAUACUUUAAUGUUCGUGUUUGGUGGGAGAUUUGGUGGCAAAAGGUUGGGUGACUUUUGGCUUCUUGAUACUGAUACUUGGCAAUGGUCUGAGCUGGCAAGUUUCGGUGAUUUGCCCUCACCGAGGGAUUUUGCAGCAGCUUCUGCAGUUGGAAACCAGAAAAUUGUCAUGUUGGGUGGUUGGGAUGGCAAGAAGUGGUUGUCGGAUGUCUACGUCCUGGAUACGACAUCACUUGAAUGGACAGAGCUGGCAGUCACUGGAACAUUACCCCCUCCUCGGUGUGGUCAUACAGUUACCAUGGUUGAGAAGCGAUUACUUGUCUAUGGUGGCAGAGGUGGUGGUGGUCCAAUCAUGGGUGAUUUAUGGGCUCUGAAGGGUCUAAUUGAAGAAGAUCAAUUGGCUUUUUGUUUCUCUAUAUUGUGGAAGGAAGAGAAUGAAUCACCUGGAUGGACCCAAUUGAAGCUUCCUGGUCAAGCUCCUUCUCCUCGCUGUGGGCAUACUAUAACUUCUGGUGGGGUUAAUUUAUUGCUCUUUGGAGGACACGGAACUGGUGGUUGGUUGAGUCGAUAUGAUAUCUAUUACAACGACUGCAUUAUCUUGGACAGGGAUGGUCUUCUUCUUCUUCCUAAACAUCAGAAACCUUUUCAGCCUCCUGCAGAGACGGUCUCAGCUUUAGCCGGCUGCACCAGAUUUUCAGAAUCACUGGUAACAGAUAUUGCUCCUUCCAUAUCCUACUUGACCUUGUGGCUGUUGAUUUACCAAUCCUUUUUACUUGUAGUUUCUGCACAGUGGAAACGAUUGCCUAUUGGCAGUGACCCUCCUCCUGCUCGAGCAUACCACACAAUGAUGUGUGCUGGGCCACGUUAUCUGUUGUUUGGUGGCUUUGAUGGGAAGUCGACAUUUGGUGAUAUAUGGUGGCUGGUGCCAGAAGGGGAUCCUGUAACCAGGAGGCUGGUUGCAACUCCAAGAAAAAAUGUGCAGGAAACUUUUGAUGCCAGCAUGACUAAACAACCAUUACUAGAGGAAAAUCAAAGGGUGGGAUCUGCUGUGUUAGAAUUGCAGAAGAGGCUGGAAGUAUCAGUUGCGCUUCCUGCAUCAGGUCUGCAAAUCGUAGAUGAGCAGGAAGAUAGAGAAUUACUUGAACUUUUGCCGAGUUCUACUAAUGAGCAGGGAAUUAGGUUAGUUCGUGAUCAUUGGAGGACAGCUUCACCUGGAUCAAUAGCACUGAAGGAGAUUGGACCCUUGCUUCGUGACUACCAACGAAUGAUUGCUCGGCGCUGUAGACCUGUUUUUGCAUUUGUGACAGUAAUGCUGAUUUGCAGUCAAUUGAGGCUGGUAUUCUCGAUAAAGAUGUUUUUCGGUUCUAUCACUUUCGAAAUGCUUCACAGUUGCGAAUGGAUGAUAUUUCAAAGCUGCUGGAGGAAUACAAACAGCUUUUAUCGGAGUGAACAUCAGUUUGUUCGUCCCUUUCAGGUUCCAUCCACCUCACAUAACAUUCUGUUUCGUUCUUGUCGGAUAAAAGAUCGACCGCUGUAACUAGAAAGAGGGGCGAUUAUUUGGUUCAAGAAUUCGGCGGACGAUUUGGGUGGAUGCAAAUGCCAUUUGGCCUGCGGUUAUUUGUUUAAACUAUAAAUAACAAAUUACUAGCAAGAGCUGGCUUGUUUAGAGCUAUUAAUCUGGUUUUUAUCUUGUGGAUGAAGUUUCUGUUGGUUUAGUAGAUGCUCAACAACUGCUACAAAUCGUAACAUCUUCGGAUAAUGUAACAGUCCAACAGAAGGAGGAUAGCAGCUGGAAAACUAUAUUUCCACCAACAAUGAUAAUGAUGAUAAGAUGAAGGCGGCGGGGAAGCUUCUUCACCAAUUUUGGAGGCUCGCAUGUGGAUGCUCAAUCUAGUGAAGGCAAUGAAAUAACG